CUUGUUUGUCUGUCCCCGAGAGCCUACGAGGAUGUUUCGCCAGUGGUCAGUGCAGUCAGGACCAGCUCCCCGAAGGCCUGAGUCCCAAGCGGCCUCGGAAGAGCUGUGGGAGCAAGAAGUGGACCGGCUGUGCGCCUCCCGGGCGCCGGUGCGGAUGCUGCCCUACGCCAUGGCGGACAAGCGCUUCAUCCGGGAACUGCGGGAGCCCGAGGCGGUGAAGACCUGGUGGCAGCGGUGGCAUCGUAGGAGGCAGGCGGCGCGACAGCACCUGAGGGAGGCAGCGCAGCGGCUGUCUCGGGGCUUCGGGCUCUGGGAGGGAGCUCUCUACGAGAUUGGGGGUCUCUUCGGGACUGGGAUCCAGUCCUAUUUCACGUUCCUUCGUUUCCUGCUGCUGCUCAACCUGCUGACCCUGUUGCUGACCACCUGCUUUGUGCUGCUGCCCCUGGUCUGGCUCGGCCCUCCUGAGCCAGGCCCUGCCCUGAAAAUGACAGGCCUCCAGUGCUCUGGCAGCCACCUGCCCCAGAGGGCCAUGCCAAGGUUCCACAACCCAGUGUGGAAUAUUUUAACUGGCAGGGCCUUCAACAACACCUAUCUCUUCUACGGUGCCUACCGGGCAGAGCCAGAGCACAGCUCCGCAUACAGCAUUCGCCUAGCCUACCUCCUCAGUCCGAUGGCCUGCCUGCUCCUCUGCUUCUGUGGGACACUGCAGCGGAUGGUAGAGGGGCUCCCACAGCAGCCACUCCUGGGCCGGGGCUACAGGGCUCCCCUCAGCACCAAAGUGUUCUCAUCAUGGGACUUCUGCAUCCGGGUGCGGGAAGCCGCCACCAUAAAGAGACAUGAAAUCAGCAAUGAACUGAAGGUGGAACUGGAAGAGAGCCGCCGCACGGAGCUGGCUCAACAGCGGACCCGGGCCCAGAAGGCCUGCCACCUGCUCGCCCACCUGCGGACCAAUGGUCUCAUUUUACUCCUAGUGGUUGGAGCCAUCAGUGCCAUCUUUUGGGCCACCAAGUACUCACAGGACAACAAGGAGGAGUCCCUUUUUCUGGUGCUCCAGUACCUGCCUCCUGGAGUCAUUGCCCUGGUCAACUUCCUGGGUCCCCAAGUGUUCACAGUCCUGAUCCAGCUGGAGAACUUCUCCCCCAGCACCGAGGUCAACCUCACCCUGAUCUGGUGCGUGGUGCUGAAGCUGGCCAGUUUGGGGAUGUUCUCCUUCUCCUUGGGUCAGACUGUGCUCUGCAUAGGCAGAAACAAGACCAGCUGCGAGUCCUACGGCUACAACGCCUGCGACUACCAGUGCUGGGAGAAUUCGGUGGGCGAAGAGGUAUAUAAAUUAAUCAUCUUCAACUUCCUGCUCACCGUGGCUUUCGCCUUCCUGGUCAGCCUGCCUCGGAGGCUGCUAGUGGAGCGAUUCUCGGGCUGGUUCUGGACUUGGCUGGACCGGGAGGAGUUCCUGGUGCCCAAGAAUGUGCUGGACAUCGUGGCUGCACAGACUGUCACCUGGAUGGGCCUCUUCUACUGCCCCUUACUGCCACUACUUACCAGUGUCUUCUUCUUUCUCACCUUCUACAUCAAGAAGUACACCCUCCUGAGGAACUCCAAGGCAUCCGCGAGGCUUUUCCGAGCGUCCAGCUCCACCUUUUUCUUCCAACUGGUGCUGCUCUUAGGCUUGCUUUUGGCUGCAGUUCCCCUGGCCUACGUCAUCAGCAGCACCCACUCCUCCUGGGACUGCGGCCUCUUCUCCAACUACUCCAGCCCCUGGCAAGUGGUACCGGAGCUGGUGGCCCUUCAGCUCCCGCUCCCUGGCCAGCGUGCCCUCCACUACCUCAGUUCCCACGCCUUCAGCCUCCCACUCCUUAUUGUGCUAAGCCUCGUGCUGACCGUGUGCGUCUCCCAGACCCGGGCGAAUGCCAGAGCCAUCCAAGCGCUGCGGAAGCAGCUGGUGUGGCAGGUCCAGGAGAAGUGGCAUCUGGUGGACGACCUUUCGCGGCUGCUGCCUGAGCUGAGCCCGGAGCCCGAGUCCCCUCACUCUCGAGCUUCGCGUCCACGGUCCUUCUGCCCCGGAUUCCCGUGCCCAGGCUCACCGGGUCCCAGGACGUCCCGGCUGGAACCCUCCAACAGGCUGAGUUCCACGAGCCUGGGAGCCCCCGGCGCCUCGGUUCCCGCCUCCAGAUUUCACUUCCCUAACCACACAGAGCUGUAGCACCCACCCUACUUCCCCUAGCUCUUCCGCAGCUUCCUGCAGCCCCUCCUCCACUCCCAGCCCUUCCACCUCCUUACCCCCACGACAUCUGGCCCCCGGAACCACUACCUAUACA